CCUUUUUUUUAAGCGACUGUAUUUCGGAUCCAAGUCAAGCCCAUGACCCGAAACAUGCCCCGUAUAAGAGAAUCAGUGUCGGCUCUGGUUUCUAUAUCAAACAAAAAAGGAAAGAAAAAAGAAAAGGCACUUCUAUAAAAACCACUUUUUUUUCUCGCCUAAAAGAAAGGGAAAAAAAAACAAGAACCAUUUUCUAGUUUCCACCGUCUCUUCUUUCUCUGUGUCUCCACAUUCUUUCACUUGCAAUACUUGAUUCUCCUCUCAUGUUCUUUGAUCUCAAUAGCCGAUGCAGUGAAAAGGGUUUCAUCCACGUUCUAUCUAGAGCUGUUGCAUUCUGAGAUAUUCUCGCAUCUUCAACACUCAGAAAAUGGUUGAUGCAAGAUUAGGCCAAUGGUUAAAACUUGUAGCUUGGUCUCUUCUGUUGCUAAAAUCAGAAGGCGGUUAUGUUGGAAUCACUUAUGUUCAGAAUGCGGUGGCAACAGGAGCCGUUUGUUUGGAUGGUAGUCCACCAGCGUACCACUUAGAUAAAGGGUUUGGUACUGGCAUUAACAACUGGUUGGUUCACCUUGAGGGAGGAGGAUGGUGCAACAAUGUCACAACUUGCCUUUCCCGAAAAAAGACGCAUUUAGGUUCAUCGAAACAAAUGUCCCAGCAAAUCCCUUUCUCUGGCAUAUUGAGUAACAGGGGAAGAUAUAACCCAGACUUUUACAAUUGGAACAGAAUCAAGAUUAGGUACUGUGAUGGGUCAUCAUUCACUGGUGAUGUUCAAGCAGUGAAUAGAGCUACGAAUCUUUACUAUAGAGGACAAAGAAUUUGGAUUGCUGUCAUUGAAGAUCUAUUAAAAAGAGGAAUGAAGAAUGCUGAAAAUGCUUUGCUUUCUGGUUGUUCUGCUGGUGGCCUGGCGUCAAUUAUGCAUUGCGACAGUUUUCGAGCCCUGCUACCUAUGGGUACUACAGUUAAAUGCCUUUCCGAUGCUGGUUAUUUUAUCAAUGCGAAGGAUCUUUCAGGAGCAACACAUAUAGAAGGCUAUUUCAGAGAUGUAGUUACAACUCAUGGAUCAGCAAAGAAUUUGCCUCUUUCUUGUAGUUCGAGAAUGAGACCAGGCUUGUGCUUCUUCCCGCAAUACGUGGCGCAACAGAUUCGGACACCACUCUUUAUACUAAAUGCAGCCUAUGAUUCAUGGCAGGUAAGGAACAUCUUGGCGCCAGGCAUGGCUGAUCCUCAUGGCUAUUGGAGUAGCUGCAAGCUUAAUAUAAAGAACUGCUCACCUAUGCAACUCAAAACAAUGCAAGGUUUUAGGUUGCAUUUUUUGAGUGCAUUAUCUGGAUCUGUGAAGUCUUCAUCCAGAGGAAUGUUUAUAAACUCUUGCUACGCUCACUGCCAAACUGAAACACAGGAGACAUGGUUAAUGCCUGGAUCUCCAUUGAUCAAUAAGACUACAAUUGCAAAGGCAGUAGGAGACUGGUUUUACGACCGAGUGUCCUUCCAGAAGAUAGAUUGUCCAUUUCCCUGCAAUCCCACUUGCCAGAAUCGUGUUUUUGAUCCACAAGAAUACCCAGAAGUAUGAAUUCUUUUGUCUAUAUAUAUACAUAAUUUUUCUUAAUGAUCAUUGUAGGAAAACAUGGGUUUGAAUAGGAAAGGAAAAAAAAAAAAACACAAAGAAUUAUGAUUUGAUUAAGGCUUAAAAUAAGCAAAAGACCACCACUGCACAGAACUUGUGUGCUGGGUGUGUUUCAUUCUGCCAUAUUUUCUUGAUGUAAUAAACUGUUGUUCUCAAUAAGAUCAAUUCUUUUCAAAGUGAUCAAA